GUUUCUGAACAGUUUGGGGAGCGUUUUCGGCUUCAUUUCCAAGGACGCCGUCAGCAAGAUCAAGAUCCUGGUCGGUUACCUGGAAGGUGAGAACGGGUCUCACUACGCCACCGUCCAGUCGAUGGUCAAAUACGAGCUGGAGAACGAACUCGUGGACCUGACCAAGAGAGGCGGCCACCCAGAGUCCGGCUGCCGCACUCUGCUGAGGCUCCACCGCGCGCUGAGGUGGCUGGAGCUGUUCCUGGAGCGUCUCCGUACCAGCAACGAGGACAGCAAGACGUCUCUCAUGUGCUCAGAGUCCUACAAUGAGUCUCUGUCCCAGUACCACCCCUGGUUGAUCCGUAAAACUGCGGGCAUGGCGUUCUGCGUGCUCCCAGGGCGCCCUGCUUUCUUCGAAGUGAUGAAUGUGGGGCCCCCGGAAAAAGUGGUGGCCAUGUUAGGGGAAGCUUUACCUCUAAUCUCCGAAGUGUACGAGAUCACAGAGGAACUUUACGCUCAACAAAACCUGCUCGACCUGCCGUAGACAGACAAAAGUGCUAUUAUUAUUAUUAUUUUUUGCUACUUCAUGCAUUAAAUUAUUAAACAUGAAGGGCUGUUCAGCGCGCUGUAAGUGCUGUGUGCUGAUUUAAGGGUCGUGCAUUCUCUGUACAGUGUUAAUAAUUUUACUGACACAAAUCUUUUCCCAUUUUUUUAUUUCAUGCAAAACUACUGUUAAUCAUCACGUUGCAUGUUUAUAUUUACUCUUCAAAAUGGACCUCGAAUGAUCUUUUUUUUUAAUUUAACUGGUGGAUGUGUGUGUUUAAUUUGAACAGUGGGGACCAGACGUCUUUGCGCACUGAUGACAGCUUUUUGUUUUCAUAAAUUAUCAAAAAAUUAAAGAAAAAGUAUCUACAGCUGUUUUGACAAUCAGUUAAUUAUUGACGUAAGUUUUUCGAGUAAAAACACCACUUAUCUUGUGGUUUAAGGCUCUGAAAUGCAAGUAAUUUCUUUUUUCUUCCCGGUCUUACAUUAAGAUAAAUUAAUUUUUUAUUUUUAUUUUGACAGAUUUGAUCAUAACCAAAUCGAAAAUCCUAUUUGAUAAUGAAAAUAGUUAGUUGCAGCUUUACUUAGCACAUAUUUUAAUCAGAAUUUUGUAAUUCUUGUAUGAAAUAAUGUAAUAACGGGGCCAUUAGGUAAAGUUUUUGACAUUCUCAUUAUCAUGUUAUUCAAAUAUUGACAUAUUUAUCUAAUACUAGAUAAUCAGACAUUAGAUUAUACCAGGUGUCACAUAAAUUAUUACGGUCAUGUAUUAAAAACACAGAUAUAAGCACUUCUCUAGUGAUAGAAAAGUCUAAAUGUGCCAACAGUGUUAAAUUUAUCUUUGAGAUUAAAAAAGCAAAAGUUAGGCCAACAUUUCAAAACAGAAAUAUUGAAAUAAUUUGAAUACUCUAAUUAAAAAACUCACAUAUAGCACUUUAUUGGCCAAACCAAAUACUGCCACAUUUUACCAAAAGGAGGGGGAAAAAAUCAAUAACCGUACUUUAGGAAGUAUUUAUAAUAACCUAUGAAACAAAAGUUUUUAGUCGAGGACUCAGUCGUUGUCCCCACUGUUUAUGACCUCAAUGCAAUUUCUUCAUUUAAUUUAGAAAUGACAAAAUAUGCUGUUAUACUUUAUUUGAAGUCACUGGUGUAAUGUUUUACAAGAAUGUACUGUACUAUAUAUAUUAUGUACAUUAUCAUUAAUUCAAACAUAAUUUAUAAAUUGUGUAGCCUUAUGAAAAAAAGCACUUGGUUGAUUGUUGUAAAUUUGUGUUAUGAUUUGAUAAUUAAUUUUGUUACCUGUUGUUUAAGUAAACGAGGACAUGAGUCAUA